AUGCAUUGGGAAUACGCAAGCGUUCUCCUCAGCCAACUGUUUGCGGUUGGAUCAUGUUGGCCCUACGAUGAGAAGCUCACUGCAUAUAACCUCAACGAGAAUAAGACAGCAAAGAGCCCCGCCGAAUACUGGGGUAAAUGGCCUAAUCACACCUAUCACCCAUCACCGGACAAUUGGCGGUUUCCAAUUUACACACUUUUCCUGGAUCGGUUUGUCAAUGGUGACCCAACCAACGACAACAUCAAUGGAACUCUCUUCGAGCAUGACCUGAACUCAAACCAAAUGCGACAUGGUGGUGAUAUGCCAUGGGGCUCGGAUGGCUACUCGGCUCUUGACACGACCCUUCUAGAUCAGCAUUUUGGCACAAUUCAAACUUGGAGAGAUGCCAUAACGGAUAUUCACAAUCGCGGCAUGUAUGUCAUUUUUGACAAUACAGUUGCCACAAUGGGAGACCUUAUUGGCUUCGAAGGAUACCUCAAUACUACCACACCAUUCUCGUUGAAAGAACACAAAGCGGAGUGGAAAUCAUCUCGACACUACGUUGAUUUCCAAUUUGGCAAUACGUAUAACCAAACCUGCGACUAUCCUCGAUUUUGGAACGAGACUGGUUUUCCAAUAGAUCCGUACGUUCGAGAUGAACUGAAGGGAUGUUAUGACAGUGACUUCGAUCAAUAUGGCGAUAUCGAAGCCUUUGGUGUCUUUCCCGAUUGGCAACGUGAACUUGCAAAAUUCGCAUCUGUUCAAGAUCGUCUACGUGAGUGGGUACCCAGUGUUAGAGAACGCCUCAUCCGACAUUCGUGCAUGAUCAUUUCCUCGCUAGAUAUUGAUGGCUUUCGCUACGAUAAAGCGACGCAAGCUACUGUCGAUGCGCUUGGUGACAUUUCAAGUUCCUAUCGAGAAUGCGCACGUCGAGUUGGAAAAAAGAAUUUCUUCCUCCCGGGAGAGAUUACAGUAGGAAACAAUCUCGGCUCUGUCUUCCUAGGCCGUGGUCGGCAACCUGAUAUGCUUCCGGAGACCCUUGAUGAAGCAUUCGCUCUAAAGAACUCAUCUGAAGGCUACUUUAUCCGCGAGGAAACUCAACAGGCAAUUGACGGUGCCGCUUUCCAUUAUUCUAUUUAUCGCUCACUCACUCGAUUCCUGGGAAUGGAUGGAAACCUUGCUGCUGGCUACGACAUUCCCGUCAACUGGACAGAAGCCUGGUAUGAGAUAAUCCUCACCAACGACAUGAUCAAUGCCAACACCGGCAAAUUCGAUCCGCGGCAUAUGUAUGGAGCAACAAAUCAGGAUGUCUUCCGCUGGCCAACCGUCUCACAGGGCAUCGAGAGGCAGCUUCUGGCCCUGUUUAUCACCACUCUUUACCUGCCUGGAAUUCCACUUUUGCUUUGGGGAGAAGAGCAAGCAUUCUACAUUCUCGACGCUUCCGCUUCCAAUUAUAUUUUUGGUCGACAGGCAAUGUCAGCUGCUACGGCAUGGAAGACUCAUGGAUGCUUCCAGCUGAAUUCCACUCAAUACUUUCACUGGCCGAUUGAGUCGGGGCGGUUGGGGUGUCACGACGAAUCAGCCACGUUUGAUCACAGAGAUCCAUCACAUCCAGUCCGCAAUACCAUCAAGCAUAUGUACCAAAUGCGACAGAAUUUCCCGGCAUUAAACGACGGCUGGUGGAUCCAAUUGCUAUCCAACCAAACGCACAAUAUCUACUACCCAGGUUCCAAUGGCGUGCCGACUGAAACGGGCAUGUGGUCAGUUCUGCGAAGUCCUUACUACCAAAUGCAGGAUCUUGGAGUGGCGGGAAACCAAACAGUCUGGUUGGUCUAUCAAAAUGACAACCGCACUGUCACUUACGAUUUCGAUUGUUCUGACCAAAACUUGGCUCUUGUGGCACCCUUUGAUACAUAUACCAUUGUCAAGAACCUCUUCUAUCCUCAUGAUGAGUUCACUCUGAAAGACGGUCCCACCAAACUUCAUUUGAAUGGCUCUAAAGAGUUCAAUUGGUGCCUUGACAGUAUCACUAUGGACCCUUAUGAGUUCAGAGCCUACGUCCCGAAAGAAAAGUUUGUGCCUCCCCACCCGAUGAUCACUAAAUUCACACCUGGGCAUGAUGCACCGGUACUAUCUAAAGCUGCACCUGGAGAAAGCGAACCCCUCGAAGUUGGUCUCUAUUUCAACACUGAGAUGAACUGUACCCUUCUUACAGAGGUGAUUACUCUAGAGUCAAGGACCGAGUCCGGAGAAGUUCCCUCAAUUGACAUGGACACGGUGGACUGUGGUUUCAUCGAUCCUGAGGCCCCCUCCUGGACUGGACAGAUUCCUAGCAUCUGGGGAUGGUCGGCAACCUUGAAUAACGUCUACAACGGUAUUCACCGCUUGACCGUCAAGAAUGCAACAAGCAGUGACGGCAAGUUUACAAAUUCCAUCGACCACUUCUUGGUACGGAUCGGACAGCACGACAAUCCCAUGAUAUUCACCGCUGCCAACUACUCCAGCAGCCUACUUCACCAACGUCCUAAUGGAGAGCUCUUCAUUCGACAACAUGCGGCAGGUGCAGACAUGUAUCGCUACUCAACCAACUGGGGAAGUUCAUUUUCUCAUUGGAUCCCGUACGAAGGGGCAAUCACACCAUCCAAGAACAAGCUUGGUCCGGAACAAAAGCCCAGAGAUGGAGCGGAAAACAUCGAUUACGUUCAAGAAGGUGAUGAACCCGGCUGGAAGAUGCCACGCCGCUUCCCUCACCUCUUCUUCAAUGGGCCUUUUAAUGAAUAUGGCUACGAUUCUGGGUUGGCAAACAUCGUGAAACAAGACAGCGAUGGCAUUUGGAAAUUCCGAUUCAUGGCAGAGUGGCCUGCCCAAGGUCAACUCAAUGUUUGGGGUAUUAACCCGGACGGACAACCGGAUCAGAGCUAUAUUUACGGGGACUCUGACGGGGACUCAAUCCUGGAUCGUCUACCUCCGUCUUCGCUCAGCGUGACUACGAUCAAUAUUACUCGGCAUCCACCACACCCGCAUUUGGCAUGGAGAAUCCAGCUUGAUGACGCGACGAUGAAGCUCAAGCUCAUGCCUGCAGGCUCCCAAUAUACCCAAAUCGCCUUGUUCGUUCUGUUAUGGGUGAUACCAUUCCUUACAGCCUGUACCACUGCCUAUGUGUUCAAGAAGACUUUUUACAGAAUCAGAUUCAACCAGGUCGGAGUGUCAGAGAAAAAAACACUCAUCUCAAUGGAUGUCUUCAACAUUUUUAAGCUGGACAAGGCCGAAAAUGGGGAGUCCAAAAAUCCUCUCAUACGUCUGGCAACUAGAUCAAAGUUUCUCCAGAGCAAAUCUGCCUUCGGCAACCGCACAUCAAACAGGCGAAAGGUCCUUGUUGCGACGAUGGAAUACGAUCUUGCUGACUGGGGUAUCAAGAUCAAAAUCGGUGGCUUGGGUGUCAUGGCACAAUUGAUGAGCAAACAACUGGGACAUCAAGAUCUCAUUUGGGUUAUCCCAUGUGUUGGCGGGGUUGAUUACCAUAUAGACAAACCUGCCGACUCCAUGUUCGUUAUGAUGCUCGGAAACUCAUACGAAGUCAAGAUUCAGUACCAUUAUGUGAAAAACAUUACCUACGUGCUUCUGGAUGCCCCGAUCUUUCGCCAACAGUCCGCACUAGAGCCCUACCCGGCUCGAAUGGACGAUAUGGACAGUGCUAUUUACUACUCUGCGUGGAACCAAUGCAUUGCGCAAACUAUGAAACGAUUUACAAUUGAUUUGUAUCAUAUCAAUGAUUACCAUGGCUCACUUGCGCCUCUCUACCAGCUACCCGAGACUAUUCCGGUCUGCCUGUCACUGCAUAAUGCCGAGUUCCAAGGACUAUGGCCAAUGCGGACGCAGAAGGAGAAGGCUGAGGUUUGCUCCGUCUUCAAUCUUGAUAUGAGUGUAGUUACGCGUUAUGUUCAAUUCGGUGAAAUUUUCAAUCUGUUGCAUGCCGGUGCCACGUACCUACGUCUUCAUCAGCAGGGCUUUGGUGCCGUUGGGGUCUCCAAAAAAUACGGAAAACGGUCUUAUUCAAGAUACCCUAUCUUCUGGGGUCUUAGAAAGCUAGGAAAUCUGCCAAAUCCCGAUCCCUCGGAUACUGGCGAAUGGAACAAGGACCUGCCUAAGGAGAACGAUAUUCGUGUCGACAGCGAAUUCGAACUUCGCAGAGCUGUGCUUAAACGUCAAGCACAGGAAUGGGCUGGCCUAGAUCCAAUCCCUAAUGCCGAUCUCCUCGUCUUCGUUGGAAGAUGGUCAAUGCAGAAGGGUAUCGACCUUAUUGCCGACGUGAUGCCUGCUGUUCUCGAAUCACGACCAAAUGUCCAGCUAAUCUGCAUCGGGCCAGUCAUUGACUUGUAUGGAAAAUUUGCAGCGCUUAAACUGGACCGUAUGAUGAACCUCUACCCGGGAAGAGUGUUCUCGAAACCACAGUUUACCGUGCUGCCACCAUUUAUUUUCUCUGGGGCUGAGUUCGCAUUAAUACCUUCGCGGGAUGAGCCUUUUGGUCUGGUUGCCGUCGAAUUUGGUCGCAAGGGUGCUCUUGGUAUUGGUGCUCGAGUAGGCGGCUUGGGCCAAAUGCCGGGAUGGUGGUAUACAGUCGAGUCAACGACCACAUCGCAUCUCCUCAAGCAGUUCAAGCUCGCCAUUGACAAUGCUUUGAGUUCCAAGCCUGAUGUACGAGCAAUGAUGCGUGCGCGGUCCGCCUUACAGCGCUUCCCUGUUGCGCAAUGGAUUGAAGAUUUGGAGGUUCUUCAGUCGACAGCUAUUCGAAUUCACAACAAGGAACGUGCGAAAACUCAGGCACAGCCGUCUGCAGCAGCUUCUGCAUACAAUGCAAUCUACGGAAUGAUGACUACACAGGUUGCAACGAGGUCCAAUGCUUCAACUAGUACUCUCACGCCGCCGCUACACUCACCUACUCGGUUUGGGACGGUUGCAUCCUUGCAGCAUAGCUCCCUCUAUAGCCGUGACCCGAGUCCCGGCAGUGAUAUCCGUCCCAAAUCUGGAUUGAGUCGACAGAUGCCCUUCGACGUUAGGCCAGUGUCUGCUCCUUUGGAUGGUCGGGGACGACGAGAUCCUGGAAAAAGCAGUGUUAGCGAUGUUGAAGAAGGUGCAGAACGAGCAGCUCCUGAUAUCUAUGAUGACAGUGAUGAUGAAAUGAUGUCCACCUGCUACGGCGAUGAUGAGUAUCCAAUGGAUCCUGAUGCUGAUGGUAGACGUCGAAUGGAAGGUCCCUUGCAGCCAUCCCAGUCACUUAUCCCCUUGACACGAGAAAUUCUCGCUGCACGGCACGCAAGUCAAGGCUCUCUCUUGCCUCGACCAAUCAAUACGCCUUCCAGCUCUACUGCGCCUAGCACAGUGGGUACCGACGAUACUCUUCUUCCUCCACAGCGUCCUUGGGCCGAGCCUGGAAAUCGUCUCAGCAGCGCCUCACAGCUAUCCGUUGACUCAGUUGUGGGAGACAAGAGAGACUAUAAACUGCAAAAAGUCGAUCCCUUCUUCACAGAUAGCAAUGGCGAGUACUACAACGCCUUCGAAAAGAAAUUGGAAGGCCUCAGCGGUACAAAUUCAGACUCACAGCUAUGCAUCGAGCAAUAUCUAGAGAAGAGCGAAAAGAAAUGGUUUGACAAGUUCCGAGAUGCGCGCUUGGGACGUAAUCAGUCUCCGGCUCCUUCAAUGCGAUUCGGCAAGAGUGGAGGGUCCUCUCCUCCAGGGUCCAUCACUAACGACGACGCUACAUCUCAUGAGAGCGGUGGCCAAGAGAGAAAAGAGGCAGACGACGAGUUCCAGCUAGGAGAGAAUUACGUUCCGCCAACAGGGCUGAAGAAAUGGAUGCAGAUGCGCGUUGGAGACUGGCCGGUGUACUCCCUGUUCUUAGGUCUCGGCCAGAUCAUCGCUGCUAAUUCCUACCAAAUUACACUGCUCACAGGUGAGGUUGGUCAGACAGCGGCGAAACUAUAUGGAAUCGCCACUGUGUACUUGGUCACAUCUAUCCUCUGGUGGUUCUUCUUCCGAUUCUACAAAUCCGUGCUUGUCCUGGCCGUCCCGUGGUUCCUAUACGGAUCCGCCUUUUUGGUCAUCGGUCUUGCUCACUACGAGCCUAAUUCCUUCAUCCGGGGGUGGAUCCAAAACAUUGGAAGCGGUAUCUAUGCUGCGGCAUCUUCGAGCGGUUCUAUCUUCUUUGCCCUCAAUUUUGGCGAUGAGAGCGGUGCUCCCGUGAAGCAGUGGGUGUUCCGUGCUUGUCUUAUUCAGGGCACACAGCAAGCAUAUGUCAUCGCCCUGUGGUAUUGGGGUUCAACUCUGACAAAGGCGACGAAUGCUGGUAUUUCUAACGUGCAAAGCAGCAUUACCAAUACCUGGAGGAUGACAGCAAUUUGCGCUCCCAUUGCGGUUUUCCUGUGGAUAAUUGGUCUGAUUGUCUACUUCGGCUUGCCAAAUUACUACCGUCAGACGCCCGGCAAAGUUCCAUCUUUCUACAAGUCGGUCUUCCGACGGAAGAUUGUGCUUUGGAAUUGGGUGGUUGUCAUUCUCCAGAACUUCUUCUUGAGCGCGCCCUACGGUCGAAACUGGAACUUUCUCUGGAUCUCCAAUCAUGCUAAACCCUGGCAGAUCUUGUGCCUCUGCGUUGCCUUCUUCGGCUUCGUCUGGAUAGCUGUGCUUUGCCUCAUGGCCCGCAUAUCAAAGUCACACAGUUGGAUCUUACCGAUAGUAGCAUGUGGCCUCGGCGCACCCCGAUGGGCCCAGAUAUGGUGGGGAACAUCCGGCACCGGCCUGUUCCUUCCAUGGGCAGGUAGCUAUGUAUCUGGUGCUUUGGUUUCCCGAAGUCUGUGGCUAUGGCUAGGUGUCCUGGAUGCGCUGCAGGGUCUCGGUUUUGGCAUGAUCCUUCUGCAGACCUUGACGCGUAUGCACAUUUGCUUCACACUGUUUGUCUCGCAGGUUCUUGGUUCUCUUGCCACUAUAUGUGCGAGAUCUUUCGCCCCGAAUAAGAUCGGACCAGGUCCUAUCUCCCCAGAUAUCACGGCUGGUGUUAGCGCGUUGGGUAACGCUUGGUUCUGGAUUGCGCUCGUCUUUCAGCUUUCGAUUUGCGGUGGCUUCCUUCUUUUUUUCCGCCGCGAGCAGCUGUCAAAGCCUUAG